UCAUAUCCGGCUCAAGAACCAUGAUCGAGAAGUUGAAGUUUUCUUAGAGAGGUCACUAAAAAGGUUAUUCCAUUCCCUUAAUUUCCAGGUAAUUCCAGUUCCUUAAUUUCCAGAUAUUUCCAGUUCCUUACGUCCAGAUUAAGAUGAAAGUGCCAUCUCUUCAAGUGACAUUCUGUUUUCUGGCAAUGUGUUUAGUCGAAGAGGCACGUUGCAAGGCAAUAACCAAGCGACCAAACAACAAAGUUCCACUCGAGAAAACUCAGUCACGUGAGGUUGACGUCAUACAGUCAAAACCAAAAAUUUAUCUACGCCAAAAAUGGAUAAGAAAGAGCCUAGUGGACACGAAAUGGACGUCGAUGACAGAAGGGAUAUGUUGAUUCACGACCCGAAGGAGUUACAAGAGACCCGUGAACCUUGUGGAAAAGGUGGCGUGGCCUGUCGACGUCGCAAGAAACGCCAGAUUGGAUCGAGUCAACUUCAAAAUGGAAAGUUUUCAAAGCUGCUAGAUAGCCAGCGAAGAUCAAGGCAUGGAAUAAACCGAGUGUAUGAUCUUCGAUCAGUGGACAAUGUCAGCAUGGAAACGUCGACGCCCUCCCGUUCCGUGUUCGAAGAUGACGACGACGAUGAGGAUGAUAAUGAAGAUGGACACUUGCUCAUACUAAGACAGCGACGUGAAUCUGAUGUUACAUCUGAUGAUUCUGAUAAAAUUUCUAUGUCAGGUGGUAUCGACGAUGAGAAACUGUCAUAUUCUGAACGCCCGGAAUUAUACAUGCAUAGGGGAGGCGGUAUUGGUUUUCGAAAUAAAAGAGCCGUUUUGUCUGAUUCAUCAUUUACUGACGACCUUGAAACUGACAGCGAUGAAGACGACGAUGAUGAGUUUUCAAUAUCCUCUGAUGAUACAGGUUUAUCACUUUUGAAAAACAGAGUAAAGAGAGAAACAGAUACUUCUAGUUUUGAUACAUUUGAGGAAGAAAAUGAUGAAAUAUUCGACGAUGUUGUUGAUAACGAUGACAGCGACAAUGUUAGAAGCAGCAUCGUGCAUAAGGCGGAUGGUAAACGUCAACAGAGGAGUGUGCCAGGCGAUAGUGCUGUACUAGAAUCUGUCAAUCAGGACAAAACAGAAGGUGGGAAAAGAAUUACAAACACUUCACAAUCAGUAAAGAAAGAACAACCUUUAAUUGACAACAGUUACAACACUGACGCUCAUACCACACAGAUGAUCUCGCAGAGUGUUCCAGACAUACAGGGCAGACACUCUGGCGACAGUAGUUCGAGUAAUGCAAAAAACAGCGGACCGGAAACAGAGAGCGAUGCUGAGUUGUCUGACAUUCCGUUUGAUGCUCAGACUGGAGUGGUUUUGGACAGAGUGCCACGUGACAGUCCGGAUAUGAUAGCUUACGAAGAAGAAGCUGACCCUAACUCUGGCUACAUGGAGUGGGAGGCUUGGGAUCCUUGUAGUGUGACGUGUGGAGUAGGACGAUCCACGAGGAGGCGAGUCUGUAUAAACCCUGCCCAUUGCAAGGGCGGAGAUGUCGAAAUCGAAGCAUGCGUACUCAAUGAAAAGUCUGAAUGCUCAUGAUUGAAUGAAAUACCCAUUGACGAUUUUUCUAAAAGAAUGUUAUCAGCGUCUAUGGAUACGGAUCCGAGAUAAAUUUCAAUUAUAGGAAUUAUCUGCAGUAAACUAUCAAAGUGUGUGUUCAAAAAGAUUUUACUGACUUUUAUUUAAAGAUAUAAUAUUCUGUGAAAAAGCUAUAUACAAAAUGUAUUGUGUUCUUUUGAAAUAAAGCAUUUUACAACUGAUCUUUAAAA